UGUUAGGUUAGGUUUCAGCAAAAGGCUCAUACAUUUAAGGUCUGGAAAAGCAAUGCCCAAAGUUGUUUCAAGAAGUGUUGUCUGUUCAGACACCCGAGAUCGAGAGGAAUAUGACGAUGGAGAGAAGCCGCUCCAUGUCUACUACUGUUUGUGUGGCCAGAUGGUGCUUGUGUUGGACUGUCAGCUGGAGAAGUUACCUAUGAGGCCCCGGGACAGGGCAAGAGUGAUUGAUGUGGCCAAACAUGCCCACAAGUUCUGUAAUGUGGAUGAUGAUGAGACUGUUUACCUGAAAAGAGCGCAGGGCAUCGAGAGACAGUAUCGGAAAAAGUGUGGCAAGUGUGGUCUGCUUCUGUUUUAUCAGCAUCAGAUGAAUAACACUCCGGCAACAUUUAUAGUGGACGGUGCUGUGGUAAAGUUUGGCCAGGGGUUUGGAAACACCAGCGUGUACAGCCAGAAACAGGAGGCCCCCAAGAAAGUGCGGGUGAUGAUGACAAAACGCACAAAAGAUAUGGGCAAGUUCAGCUCUGUUACCGUGUCAACCAUUGAUGAGGAAGAGGAAGAGAUUGAAGCGAGGGAGGUUGCAGACUCUUAUGCUCAGAAUGCAAAAGUUAUUGAGAAACAGCUGGAGAGGAAAGGGAUGAGCAAGAAGAGACUCCAGGAACUGGCUGAGUUAGAAGCAAAGAAGGCCAAGAUGAAGGGAACCCUUAUAGAUAAUCAGUUUAAAUAAAGUGUCUGUGUGUGAGAGAGACGUGGGUGAGGGGGAGGGGCUGU